AUGGAAUGGAUGAAGAAGAAAGAAAAGAAGAAGAAGAAGAAGAAGAAGAAGAAGAAGAAGAAGAAGAAGAAGAAGAAGAAGAAGAAGAAGAAGAAGAAGAAGAAGAAGAAGAAGAAGAAGAAGAAGAAGAAGAAGAAGAAGAAGAAGAAGAAGAAGAAGAAGAAGAAGAAGAAGAAGAAGAAGAAGAAGAAGAAGAAGAAGAAGAAGAAGAAGAAGAAGAAGAAGAAGAAGAAGAAGAAGAAGAAGAAGAAGAAGAAGAAGAAGAAGAAGAAGAAGAAGAAGAAGAAGAAGAAGAAGAAGAAGAAGAAGAAGAAGAAGAAGAAGAAGAAGAAGAAGAAGAAGAAGAAGAAGAAGAAGAAGAAGAAGAAGAAGAAGAAGAAGAAGAAGAAGAAGAAGAAGAAGAAGAAGAAGAAGAAGAAGAAGAAGAAGAAGAAGAAGAAGAAGAAGAAGAAGAAGAAGAAGAAGAAGAAGAAGAAGAAGAAGAAGAAGAAGAAGAAGAAGAAGAAGAAGAAGAAGAAGAAGAAGAAGAAGAAGAAGAAGAAGAAGAAGAAGAAGAAGAAGAAGAAGAAGAAGAAGAAGAAGAAGAAGAAGAAGAAGAAGAAAACAGACUGA